AUGGCCAUGGAAAUUUUCCGCGGCACACUUGAGAAACACAAUGUCGCACACAAACUACAGAAGCGGUCUCUGCUCAUUGCAAUCAAUGCUGUCGCUGGCUUGUCCAUCUUUUUCUUUGGAUACGACCAGGGCGUAAUGGGUGGCGUGAACACGACUCGUGAUUAUGCAGAGCUCAUGGGGUUUGGCCAUUGGGAUGCCGAGGAAGGCCUGGUGAAGGUUGACAAGAGUCUGUUGCAAGGUGGCAUCGUUGCUGUAUAUUACCUCCCUGGAACAUUGUUCGGUGCGUUUCUUGGUGGCUGGAUAGGAGACAAACUGGGUCGCAUCACUACCAUCGGCAUAGCAUGUGCUUGGGCUAUCGUCGGGGCAACCCUUCAAUGUUCCGCCCAGAGUGCAAACUGGAUGUUCUGUGCUCGUGUCCUCAACGGUAUUGGCACUGGCAUCCUGAACGCUAUCACUCCAGUAUGGGCCACCGAAACAGCAGCUUACACUUCUCGAGGACAGUUUGUGUCCAUCGAAUUCACCCUCAACAUCCUCGGUGUGGUCGUGGCGUACUGGAUUGAAUUCGGUACCUCCAAAUACGGAGACGGAACUUCGCCAUUCAUCUGGCGCUUCCCUAUCGCAUUUCAGAUUGUUCCGUUGAUCGGCCUUCUAUGCGUGAUUUGGUUCAUGCCCGAGUCCCCGAGAUGGUUGGUGAAAGUGGGUCGCGAGAAGGAGGCAAGAUACAUCCUCGGCCGUCUUCGUGGUGACGAGGGUGAAGACCGUGAGCAAGCAGAAGCUGAGUUUCAAGAUAUCCGUAAUGUCAGCGCUUUGGAGGUGGAGACUUCUAAGCAGAACAGCUAUUUCAGCAUGUUCUUCGGCAUUGGAUCUGGAAAGCUACACACAGCUCGACGCGUGCAACUGGUGAUUUGGUUGCAAAUCUUGCAGGAAUGGAUUGGCAUUGCCGGUAUCACCAUCUACGGCCCCGAAAUCUUCACCAUUGCCGGCAUCAAAGCAAAAGACCGGCUGUGGGUCAGUGGUCUCAACGAUAUCACGUACAUGUUCGCGACGUUGAUUUGCGUCUUUACGCUCGACCGCAUUGGUCGUCGCUGGACAUUGUAUUGGGGUGCCGUUGGCCAGGGAAUAUGCUGUUUUGCCGCUGGAGGUCUCGCUCGAGCCACGAUCAAUGCCUCUUCAGAGAGCCACAAGACAUCACUUGGCGCUGGAGCGACAUUCUUCGUGUUCUUGUACACUGCCAUCUUUGGUGCUACAUGGCUGACGGUCCCGUGGCUCUACCCUGCCGAGAUCUUCCCUCUACACGUUCGAGCUCGAGGCAAUGCCUUUGGUGUCGUCGGCUGGUCGAUAGGUAACGGCUGGUGCGUGCUUUUGCUCCCGACAAUCUUUGCCCGCCUCAACGAGAAGACACUCUACAUCUUCGGCGGGGUCAACGUUCUGAGCAUCAUCGUCGUGUGGGCGCUGUACCCCGAGACGAACCAACGCACGCUCGAAGAGAUGGACCUCGUCUUUGCCUGCGACAGUAUCUGGACCUGGGAAGCCGAGAAGAACUUUGCCCUCCUCAAAGAGCAGAACCCUGACCUAGUCCAGGCAGCGAAGCGAGGCAGCAGUGUCAUCGACCCCGAGACCGGGUUGCCUGUGCCUCGGUCCAGAAGAGCCAGCAGCGCGGCACCGAGGAGCGCGAGCUUCGCCGUGCGAAGGCCCAGUGGGGCUGGAGCAAAGGAUUCCAAUGUCGUGCAGAAGGAUGAGGUCGAGCAAAAGUGA